GUGCAACCCCCUUUAUUUUUUUGAAUCAUGAGCAUCUAAUCUCACUCAAAGGACUUGUAAGUGCCUCGAGGCUCCAGGUGUAAUGAUCUAAUAGCUGAACACUGUCUGUACGUGUGCACAUGUGGUAACAUCUGACGCGGUGCAGGUAGGGGGCAACACACGCGCAUCCACCCGGAGACACGACACCCUCCAGCGGGGGGGUUGUGUGCUGAGGAGACCGGGUUCUAUUCAUUUGACGGAUGUAGUUAACUUUGCUUCUUUUUGCACCUUUAAAAAAACAUAGUUGUGGGGGGUGUAGUUGUUCCGUGUGAAUGGAGCGGUGUCUGGCCGGCCCGGCACGCCGCGCAGCAGCAGCAGGCCCCGGGGACGCGCGCGCGGCUCUGCGUCGGAGGCUCCGGGGCUAAAGGGCUAAGAGGCUACCGCUCACAGGCUGUUAAUCCCCGUAUGAAUCCAUCAUGGCGGCCACUCGCUGAGCUGUCAAGCGCUCCACGGAACAAGAAAAAAAGAAACCUGGAGAAACAACAACCCCCCAAAACAAAACAUGGAUCCGGUGGAUACUUGCGGAGAUGAUCCGCCAGGCGUCAACAAGAGGACUAGAGAUUGGCACAAAUGGCCCCGCCUCAGGAAAACUGCCGCUCGGCCUCCUCCGAGUAUGCAACGUGCAGAUAAGCACGGCCCGAAGAGGAAGAAGAAGCCGGCGGCGGGGGGGGGGGAGUGGGAGCAGAGCGCGGCGUGGCCUUCGUUGCAGAAGGAGGCGCGGCGGGGGCGGCACGGGGCCGACGGCGGCGGAGCCGAGGAGGGCGGCGCCGCCGCGCUCAGGUUCGCGUGCGCUCGGUGUCGGGACGACUCUCGGUACGUUGCCAAGGACUUGGUGAGGCACUUUGAGGAGAGCCACAGAGGGAGCGCGCCCGUGUUUGCGUGUGGCGCCUGCACCUUCAGUACGCACGAGUUCUCCCACCUGCAGCUGCACCUGCUGAGCCACAAGGAAACCUUCUCCAGCUGCGCCGUCUGUCGGGACCACGUCGCGCGCACCUGGCCGGAGCUCAGUGCGCACCUGGCCGCCCGCCACUGCCACGCCGGCGAGUAUUCGUGCGCGACGUGUCCGAAAUUCUCCACGGGCGACGUCGGGGUGUUCUUGGAGCACACGUACGCACAUAAUGUGGGCGACGAGGGAGUCGAGGGGCUUUCGGCGCCCGCGAAGGGCGAGGGGUACGGGCCGAAGACGAGCGCCCAGGAGCUGCGCUGCCAGCCCUGCGGCUUCGAGGCGUCUCAGAAGUGGUUGAUCGCGAAGCACGUUAAAGCGGUCCACGUAUGCCAGAAUGGUAACCAGAGGAAGGAGGAAGAGGAGGAGGAGGUCGGCUCCUUGGCGGUGAAACCAAACGACCAGAUACCAAAAGUGAAGCCCAGGUUAACGAGGAGUGCCGUGAGGGAGAUGUGCUGGCUGACCCAGGACUGCCUUUCUCUGCCGGGGCGAGACUUCCUCAAUAAGUUCUGCCACCUGUCGGAUCCACGGACGACACUCGAGGAGACUCAGCAGUUCCUCAUGAAAUCUGUCACCGGAGACCAGAAAUGGACGAAGGCCCUGAAGACGGUUUUGUCGAAUGUCCCCCAAGACGCGAACGCCAACCCGAAGUCGGAUAGCGUCAUCGCGGCGAGCUUACCGGACCUCACCGUCCUGACCGUCCAGAACAAGAUCACCGUGGCUCAGAACGGCGCCGCAUACGGCAAAAUAUUGAAAGCGGCGACGCCGUCGGAGAAGGAAACCCCGGACGGCGCCCCGGAGGAUGCGCCUCGCGUCGUUGUCCAAAACGGCGGCGAGUCAAAUCCGAGCGAGCGUGCGCCGCCGUCCGAGUGCCCUCGAAUGCAGGAGAACGGAGAGAGUCGGGAACCAAUGGGUGACCAGGAAAUGGAGGCGGGUGGAAAACCCCCCGAGGGACCAACGCAACCGGGCGGGAUCGGCAUCUCCGGGGACCGGAAGUUGUCAAACCAGAGCGGCGAGCAGACCCUCGCUCACAAAGUCACACCGAAACGGAAACGGCGAAGACGGAAAAGAACGGCGAGAUCCAAGAGGUCGGGCGGGAGGUCGUCGGGGCUGAAGGUGGUGUUGAAGAAGAGUCCGGUGAAGGAGGCGCAGUGGCUGUCGCCGAGCUCCCCGUCUCCACCAGGAAGCGGUCCGGCGGGGGGCGACCUCCCCGCACCGCCAUGCCCUCAGACCGCGGCGGCGCAGGAUCUCCAGGAGGAGGCGCAGGAUCUCCAGGAGGAGGCGCACCAAUGGACCAAAGCUACCGGCGCUGUCCUGGACGACCCCUCUGGAGCCGUCGCUUCCUGUCCACGGAGGACGCCAGGGGAAGGGCUCGGCUCGACUCCCGGCCCGGACGGAAGCGUGGCCCCCGCGCUCCGUCGAGAGGCGCCCGGCGGCGCGGAGGAGCUCCCGGAGCGUUCGGUAGCAGAAGUCGCCGAGAGCCGGUCGCCGUGUCCCGAGGACGCACGCCGCCCGGCGUCGGCGCCCGGCACGGACCGCCGGGAGUCGGACGACGGGAUGAGCUCGGCCGCCGAUGGAGCGGCUCCUCGCAGCGGCUCCACCGAGUCCUCACCGGUCUCCAUUUCUUUUGUCACGGUUCAGGGAGACGUGAGCUCUGAAGACGUGGUCCUCGUUCCCUCUGCAGGGGCCGGAGACGGAGACCCGCCCGCCGGCUCCUGCCCGGAUCUCCUCGGCAACAUCCGCCGGUCGCCCUCGCCGCCCGCCGCCCGCCCGUGGCGGCCGCUCCCGAAGCACCGGGCGAGGACCCUGAAGUUGGUCGCCGUCAGACGAUCUCAGCCGGUGAAGCGUCCGGCGGGCGACCAGCCCGUCGUGGUGCUGAACCAUCCGGACGCCUGCAUCCCCGAGGUGGCCCGCAUCAUGGAGGUCAUCGACCGGUACCGAGGGGAGGCGCAGAAGGUGGUGCUGUCGCGGAGAACCGCCGCCGCCCUCGCCGCCGCCAAGGCGAGCGACCCGGCGGACUCUGCGGCGUGCGCCGUCAGCGCCGUGCAGGAGAGGUUCCUGUUGAAACUGAAGCUCCGGCGGCUGAGCAGGAAGAAGUACGAAGUGGUCGACGCCUCCUCCGGCGGCGGUGGCGAGGAGGAGGAGGAGGAGGAGGAGGAAGAGGAGGCCGCCGCCGUUUUCCGCUGCUGGUUUUGCGGCCGGCUCUUUGCGUGUCGGGAGACGUGGACGGCCCACCGGCGGCGGCACCUGACGGAGUGGAGGAAGCCCAACUGUGAAAACUCUUAAGAUGUCGCGCACACUGGAUGGAAACGCAAACCUACGACUGGAAAUUAUGCAAUAUGACAAAAAGAAUAAUGGAAACGGUUCUUUUUCUUUUCUUUAAGUCUUAAAUGUGAUUUGUUUGAGGAGGACUUAAAUGCGGCGCCUCCUGGAGGUUCGUUCUCAGGGUAAACGUCUCUCUGCCCGAUGGAGGCUCUGUGGACUUUAGUGAUGAUCUGAGUUCCUUUUGUAUCGCCUGUAUUUUAUUUAAGGGGAGCUCAGUACAAACUGUCGUGUGGAACAUCUGACGGAACACUGUAAUAUGUGUGUUUGCCGGACCAGCUGAGCUCUGUGACUCGGGUUGUUACGGGUCGGCUCUACCGUGCGGUCCUAUUCGCUUUGGGACCCACAAAGUAAUUCAGAUAUACCAAAAACCGUGUUUCAGAUAAAAGAAAGAAAAAAGACUUUUUAUUCAACAUAUAUUUAUGACUUAAGUUCAGUCUUUAUACGCUUUAUCUUUAUCUUUUUGCCUUUGGGCCACUGGAAGAAUCAGUUUCAUUGUAAAAAAAAAAAAAUGUUUAUAUACAUUUUCAAAAGAUGUUAGAAUAAUAGUGUCAGAGGUAUAUUUUAUCGACCCUAAAGAUGCAAUUAAUUUAAAUAGUGAGGAUGAAAAGCCGUCGACCUGCUUCCUGAGGCAGCCGUCACGUGUUCUGGGUUUCCUCCAAUCAGUUUCCUCUUUGACUUGAAAUGUUAUCUUUUAAUUGCACUAUGAGAGCAGGAUUUAUAUUCCCAUUACCUCACCUUCAUCAAGCCCAAGCUUCGACAAUCGUGUGUGUGUGUGUGUGUCUCCAAUGUGCAUGAAGAUGUCUAGUUGUGUCCAGAGGUACUGUAAAGAAUAUUCCUGCUGAGUCGUCACCAAGUGCCUCUGACUCCUUGUGAGUGUGAGCGCUGACCAGGAGACGAGCCGGCCGUCCCCGGUGGGCUUUUGUUGAUGUGAGCUGGAGUCAGAAAACACAGGCGAGGAUGUUGAAAACAAAUUCUUUUUUUAAUAAAACAAAAAUAUACAAACGUGUGUUUUUGGGCUCAACCAAACGUAUUAAAUAAAAUAUUCGACCAGCUUC